AUGCUGCUCUACUCAAAGUUUUUGAAAGAACUGUUAACCAGAAAGAACAAGUAUAUUCAUAGUGACACCAUUGUUUUGGAGGGAAAUUGUAGUGCAGUGAUUCAAUGGAUCCUUCCACCGAAGCACAAAGAUCCUGGAAGUGUCACAAUACCAUGCUCUAUUGGUGUUGUGUCUGUUGGAAAGACUCUCAUUGAUUUGGGAGCCAGCAUUAACUUGAUGCCACUCUCCAUGUGUAGGAGGCUAGGAGAGUUGGAAAUUAUGCCAACACGGAUGACACUACAGUUAGCAGAUUGCUCUAUUACUAGACCUUAUGGAGUAAUUGAGGAUGUUUUGGUCAGAGUGAAGCAUUUCACUUUCCCUGUUGAUUUUGUAGUAAUGGACAUUGAAGAAGACACUAAAAUUCCCUUGAUCUUGGGACGUCCCUUCAUGCUUACAGCUAGUUGCGUGGUUGAUAUGUGA